GCUGCACUUCUGCCCAGUUCAAGGGGUGUGAUCCCUCUACUGUAGCCAGAGAUCUCCGUGAGGGAGGGCCCUGGCCACACCUCUGGCCCAGAGGAGAAGACGGCCACCAGACCAGCUGAACAGAGCUGGCUUGAACCAUGCUCUGCUCUCUCCUUGCUGUUCUCCUGGGUGCCUUCUUAGGGACCAGAGCUCAGACCAUUCACCAGUGGCCAGCUUUCAGGGUGCAACUUGUGGGCAGCCCACUCUCCCUGCAGUGCACCGUGAAGGGUGUCUCAAGCCCCAACCUGUACUGGUACCGGCAGGCUGCAGAGGGGUCUCUCCAGGCUCUCUUCUUCUCCAUUGGUGUCGGCCAGGUGGACCCUGAGGGGCCCCAGAACCUGUCAGCCUCCAGACCCCAGGACGACCAGUUCAUCCUGAGCUCUCCGAAGCUCCUCCUCAGUGACUCGGGCUUCUACCUCUGUGCCUGGAGUCUCACACUGAGCUGGGUGGGGCAGAGAACUGUACAAAAACCCCACCCCUCAGGAGUCCUCCCCACCCCCUCUACCCAGGAGCUGAGUGGAGGAUGUUUGUGA